CUGUAUUCACAUCCUUUGCGUGUACAAUUAAUGGAGACCACCACGGUCCGUGAAACAACGGAAUCCACUUGUCAAAACAACGCGAAGUGUUUCUAAUAUUUGUUCAUAUUAUGUAGAUUGUGAAGAACAUUGAUCCCAUUCAGGUUUGACUGGAUAUCAUUCUUGUGUCUGGACCAUUUCACGCCGUAAAUCUCAUCCUAAGGACGCGAAAAUGGAGGACACAGAAGAUGAUGCCCCGUCGUCUCCACUACCGCCUGAAUUCAUUAUCAAUGAUCUGCCGGAAGAAAUAUUGGAGCGUGUGUUGUCUUAUCUAUCUCCGUACAACGAAGUGCAUGUUGCUGCCCGGGUUUGCAGACUAUGGAGACGUCUGAUCCAAGGAGUGGUGUUGAAGCGAAAGCAGGCGUUUGUCAAUGCCGCGUGCGAAGGGGUUCUGAAAUGGAGUUCAUGUGAAUGCCCAUCCACGCCGGUGACUGGGCGAAACUCUCACAGUGUGGCAUACAUCAAUGGACAUAUUUACUUCUUUGGAGGGUGUUCUGGAUCGAGGACAGCUUUUAACGACAUGUGGAAUCUUGACCUGAGCACGCGAGAAUGGACGCGGGUACUGGCAUCAGGUUCAUACCCGAGCCCCAAGGGAUCAGCCACCAUGGUCAAUUACAAAGGAAACCUGAUCCUUUUCGGCGGACUGGCCCCACCCGUGCCCCACCCACCUCACCUUGCACCUCAAAUAUUCAACGAGCUUCAUGUCUACCGCCCUCACAAGAACAAGUGGUCCUGCGUGGCGACGAGUCCGUCCCCUCCACCAAUGGCUGGUCAUUCUGCGAGCAUUGUGGGAAGCAAGAUGGUGGUGUUUGGUGGACUCCUGGAAGGCCAGCAAAGGUCCAACAGUGUUUGGGUUCUCGAUGUGCAAGAUAUGAGCUGGAGGGAGAUAGAAACGAGGAGUCAUGAUAAACCAAGAGAAAGAUACGGUCAUGAGCAGGUUGUGAUCGAUGACAAGCAUGUUCUAAUUAUUGGAGGCUGUACCUCGUCUCAGGAGGUAAGUCAUAAUCAAGCUCCUUUAGAGAUCUUAUCAGAUGCCUGGCUGCUGGAUAUGAGUGGGCCUAAGUGGAGAUGGCAAGAGAUGAGAGUUUGCAAUGAAGAGUUUGCAGCACCGCAAAUAUGGCAACAUCCAGCCUGCAAGGUUGGAGACACAGUACUAAUCUACUCCACACCCAGGCAUCAUAAAUCUUACGGUGUUAAUCGAAAGCGGAACCAUGUGACCAACACGCCGUCCCCCACCAGACCGCAUAUGAAGCAGACGCACAAGAGCAGUCGAGACCAGGUUCAGAGCUCACAUCGCGGUCAGAACAAUCUCCAGAGUUUAUUCCGUCGCGGUGAUGGAUCGGGCGGGUCGGGCCGAUCAGCCGUGUCGGGUAUCAAGGAUAGUAUGAAUGGGUGUACAAAUUGCGAAGUGAAUAAAAGCCAUAAAGACGCUACACCCGAGAUCGUGAAACCUAAAUACCAUGGUGGUGCCAGACCGAAAGUCAAGGUCAUAAAUGGAUUGAAAGGACUCACGAAAAGCGUGACGUUAUUUGAUGCAACGAUAACAGAGAGCACAUCUGACAUGGCUUGCUUGACGCUGCUGAAGUGUAAAUGCAGACCCGAAGCGCAGGCGAGUCCGUACCCCUGGCCCACGUCGGGGCCACAGCCAAAGAAGUCCACCUUACAACUCUAUGUGCUAGACAUCAGUCAGGCCACCACACAAGGACAGGUUAGCUGGCUUCCCGUUCCCGAUUCUACCCAUCCAGAUUUUCACGAAAGACCGAUAUCGGGCGUAGUACCCAGCCAGCAUGGUCCACCUCCGGAUUCGACCAUCAUGGCUUCGUUGAGCGCUGCGCGCGGUGAACUCGUGAUGUUUGGUGGACUGGUUGAGAAUCGAAGCCAGACUUUGUUGAGAGGAAGAGGUUCAAGCGCCUCCUGGGAUUAUAAAGCCGUCAAUAAGAUCUAUUUCUCUUUCUAGUCAAUCAGGUGACAAGAGAUACCCCUUCCUUUUGGACUUGUACAUGUACCUCUUUGUAGCUUAUGCCUUGAUAUCUUUUGUUAUAGGCAUUUCAAAGUAUGCAUCAAUUAUAUAUGAAAGAGUAUUAAUAAAAGGUAGAUUUUGUCUGGUGCAUUGUGACAACUCAUCUCUCUUUACUGUGAUGAAGAUAUAAUAAGUUUGAACAUUGUUUAUUUUCAAGGACUUAAUACAGAGUUCUAGGCUGGCAAUUAGUUUGUCACUAAUAUAUGAGCUUUUACCUUUCAAAAUUGAUGAGGAAAUAAUUUACUGGCAUACAAUUCUUAUAUUUAACCAUAUUUACAACUUGAAAUUUUAUUUUUGUGCAUACAUAAAAUGACAAAUGUUAGAAUUAAAUUCUAACAAAGAAAUGUAAACAUUACAAGCACUUGGAAGUUUAAAGAUAACGAUAUUGAAUUACUUUCAUGUGUGUAAGAUCUAGUAUUUCUCGCUAUUUAAACAUUUUUUCCAUCAUACGACUUUCUGAUUUUUUUGUUUAAACUACAACUUUAAAAAAUGUUCACACCAUUUUCACCCAUCAGACUGAGCAAUUUAUAAAUUUAAAAAUGUUACCAAUCGCUUUAAAUUAGUAUGAAUGUACAUUGUACCUUCAUGUAAAUCAUUCACCAUAUUCAUGUAAGCGGACACUGCAAUAUAAUUAUGUUAAUGUACGAGGCACAUCAGUGAGCACUUUCGAAAGCCCUGCUCAUAUAUAAAUCAGAAUGCUACAAUAUUGGGGUAUUUUGACUAAUCAGGGGUUUAGUCUGAAUGCUGUAAUCUACACGGCCUAUGUAAUACCCCUCUCCAAAAGCAGACCUUUGUUCAUCUACAUGUUCAUUACAAGGGUUUUUGGUUUAAUAUUAAUGAAAUUAUCAUGCACAUAUAAGGUUAGAACAUUUUGUAAAAAAAAACAAGAAGUAAUGCAUUGUUUUUGCUGAAGUAGUUUAUUUAUGAACAUAAAUUUUGUGUGGUGUCCUAUCUUAAAAGAUGAAAAUAAAAAGGAGAGAGCAAAAUAAUGGUUUAUUUACUGAAUCCUAUUCAUGCCUGCCAUCGAAAAGAUAACAGUCAUGAAAAUGAACUGCAACAUUUCCGGCUUUUAAGCAUAAAGCUGGCAUUUACAUGUUCAUGUAUGAAUAGGGUAAAUGAGGAUACAUUAGUCUGCACUGAGAUAUUUGAACCCCAAAUUAGAAUGUUAGGGGUUAAACAUUUCCAGGUUUAGGGUCUUUGAAAUCUGUGCCAUUCGAUGAUAUCGAUCUGUGCAAUUAGCGGUUGCCAACCCGUAAUCGGAUCCCGCUUUUGCCCUCAAGAAUGAAAAUAGUGGUUGAAAUGUUCUUCUUUCUUGCUAUGUCCUCUUAGCUUGCCUUUUAAAAACUUCUUUGAGAUUUACACAUGUAUUUUUCUUUUUUUUGCCUAGUCCUUUCCUUCAUUCCUUUGUCCUUGUCCUUCGAGAGCUUUUAUGUGUUCUUCUUUCUCUGUCACUUUGCUUCUAGUAUUGUUGAUCGUGGACUUUUUCCUUCUCGUAAUUUCUCUUUGUGUGCGUAUUUCUCUCUUUCUUCCUCAUGUAGUGUAUGAGUGUGUACAUCUUGGGCCCGUCUUACAAAGAGUUGCGAUUGAUCCGAUCAACCGCAACUAUGGAAAGCCAGCAAAGUCAACAU